AUGGUUUUACAGUACAGUGUAUUUUUCAGCAAACGCGACUCGGCCACUCGCUCAGGGCCCGCCGGCCACGACCACCUUAGAUGGGUUCCUACUUCCUCCACCCUGAUAUAUGGCGAUCAAGAUGCUGUAUUAGUUGACGCCCAGUUGACCUCGCAAGCUUCCAACGAGCUCCUGGAUUGGGUUGUCGAAAGCGGCAAGAACAUCACCCAUAUCUAUGUUACGCACGCCCACGGCGACCAUUUCUUUGGCGGCGCACCCAUUCUAGAGCGGUUUCCUAAUGCCGUCAUGGUCGCAACACCUGAAGUUGUGGCCAGGAUGAAGCUAGAGACUGCGCCUGCGCGACUCGCUGGGCUUUGGGAAAAGCUGUUUCCGGGCCAGAUCCCGCCGACCUUACGGGUUGCCGAGCCUCUUGAGCAAGACUACAUUGAACUAGAAGGGGAGAGGCUGGAGGUUGUCAGGACAGGCCACACGGAUACCGAUGAUACGACAACUCUCUGGGUCCCUUCUAUCAAACUUGCUGUGACUGGCGAUGCGGUCUACGCAAAUACUCAUCCGUAUAUGGGAGAGUCUGGAACGGCUGCCAAGCGAAAGGAUUGGAUCGAAGCUCUGGACACCAUCGCUGCACUUGAGCCCAGUCAUGUCGUGGGUGGACAUGGCGACCCAAGUCAUGGAUUUGGGCCUGAAGCGAUUAAGGAUACUAAAACAUAUUUGGAAGUGUUUGAGAAAAUAACUGCUGAGACCGAGACACCCGAAGAGCUUUAUGCUCGCAUGAUGGAAGUCUACCCCGACCGUCUCAAUCCGGGGUCGAUAUGGGCUGGCGCUAUUUUAGUCCAUCAGUUAAAAUAA